CUUGUUUUGUGUGUGUGAUUUAUUUAUUUCUUUAUUUGAGGGUUAGCACUACAGAGAGAGGGAGAGACAGAGAAAAAGGGCUUCCAUCUGCUGGUUCACCACCGAAAUGGCCUCAAUGCCUUGCUCUGGGCUGAUCUGAAGCCAGGAUUUAUCCGGGCCUCCCACACAGGUGCAGGGGCCCAAGCCCUUGGGCCAUCUUCCACUGCUCUCCUAAGCGAUAAGCAGAGAGCUGAAUUGCAAGAGCAGCAGCCAGGACAUGAACCGGCUGCCACACAGGAUCCUGGCCUGGCUGUUUGAGGCUUCCCCUACAAAGCCACAGCCAGGCCCAUCUCCUUCUCCUUAAAAUCAGAUGUGGAGAAAUCCUGCCUGAACCCCGUGCUCACAUUAAUGAGAUUGCAGGGAUGUGUGGGAAGGAUCCCUCCUCAAAUAGUGUUGAAAACAACACCUCUGUCUUUUGUGCUUUUUCCACAUAAAUUCUGGGUGCUUUUCCUAGUUAUAUGAAUAAUGUGCAUAGUAUUUUGGUGUGGGUUGCCUUGAAUUAUAAACUCCUUUCUAUAGAGUAGACAUUUUCAUCAUGUUAAUUCUUGUAAUCCGUGGACAUGGAUGUCUCUGUAGUGUUUGUGUCUGCUUCAGGUUCUUUCACUGGUGUUUCAUAAUAGUCAUGGUAGGGAAGACACUAAGAAAUGGACAAGUAGGAGUGCUUUCUACAUGGCUUGGCAAACAUUUUAAUGAGAUGUAGAGGCAAAGCAUUGAGGCUUGUCUGUGUCUAGCACACAGUAACUGCUCAGUCACAUUAGUUCUUGCCAGUCCAUCACCAUCUGCUCUUUCAGACUCUUCUUCCUUGUCUUAGACACAUGGAUAACUGUUCAUGGUGUGAUGGACCAUUCUACUCACAUAAGUUAAUGUUCCUCAAAUGAUUUAAAUGUUUAGUAUUAUUAAUAAUGUCUCAAGGAGCAUCAUCUACAUAUAUUUGGUAUGUCCCUUGUUAAUUGUGAAGGUACUUCUCCAGGUUGUAUCCUGUAAAGGGACUUGCAAGAUCAAAUUUCCGGUACAUUCCUGAUGGUGCUGUUCUGGCCCCAUUGCCUGGCAAGAAGAUUUUCCCAUUCACAUUCACAGCCACUGAUGAGAAUGAUCUUUUCUAUACCUCCUUGCAGAAACUAGACAGCCCCUGUUACCUUCUGUUAACUUUUACCAGCACUUAACUCUUUGUUGUGAGAUUAUAUCAACUCAGAUUACACUCAAUAGGCCUGGAAAGGCUGCGAUCAGUGGGAUGCUCUGUGUUCUCUUGUAUUGGAUGACUGCUCUGUUCUGAGAUAGACAACAGCAAUGCAAGCACACAAGUCUUGCAUGGUGGACGCCACUGUGUGUUGGGUUCCUGCAGUGUUCUGGAUUUUGUGUCUGAGGCCCUCAUUUCUCUGUCACUCUUUCCUUUCUUUCUGCUUGCAUCCUUAUUCUUUCUUUCCACAGAUUUGGGAUUGGUCUGCUCCUGUUUUACUAGGAUUUUUGAGAUACUUUGUUAGGUUAUUUGAAGUCUUUCUAAUUAUUUGAUGUAGGAACUUAAUCCCAUAAACUUUCCUCUGCAUACUACUUUUAGAAUUUCCCACCAGAUUCAGUGUGUUGUGCUUCCAUUAUAAUUAGUUUCAUGGAAUUUUUAAAUUUCCCUCUUGGUUUCUUAUCCAGCCUUUAUGUAUUUGCAUACCUUUGGGGGUUCUUGUGUUGUUGAUUUCUAGUCUUAUAGCAUCCAUGUUCCAUGUGCAGAUGAAAAGAAUGUGUAUUCUGCAGCUGUGGAGUGAAAUAUUCUGUAGUCAUCUCUUAUGGCCAUUUGGUCUGUAGUAGUUUCUCUCUGAUGCUUGUUAAUUUUUUCCAGGUGAUCUCUUCCUGUUGAAGAAAGGUGAGUGUUGAAGUCCCCCACUAUCACUGCAUUAGAAUUCAUGUGUCCUUUAGAUGGAAUAAUUUUAUUUUAUAAAUUAGUGUGCUGCAGCAAUGGGUGCAUAUGCACUUACCAUAUUAUUUAACAGAUAAAACCUGUUUUAUCUGAUCCAACCGUAAGUACUCUUACUCACAUCUAAUAUCCAUUAGCAUGAAGCAUCUUUUCCCAUCCUUACCCUUUCAGUCUCUGUCAUUACUGGUGUGUUUCUUGUAGGUGACUUGUGGUUGGGUCUUGCUUUUCAUCCAGUCAUCCUGUCUGUAUCUUGUAACUGGGUAAUGUUGUCUAUUGACAUUCACAGUUAUUAUGGAUAAGGGAUGGGUAAGAACUUGAUUUUUAGAAAUUUCAUCAUUUUGUUGUGAGUACCCUAUGUUCUUUUUCCAGUGGGUUUUCUGUCAUGGGUCUUGAUGGUGGUGGUGACUCCUUACUCCGAGUCACUUGCAGAGGCUCUGGGACAGGAACUGCACAAGGCAGACAGUGCUCCUGUCUCAGGAAGACUCUUUUCUGGCAUAGGAGCCUGAUGGUCUAGAGGUGGUCACAGAAACUCAUUCUGUGUCUGACUGCAAUCACUACUUGAUCCUUUCAGUGUUCUUCGGUCCUGCUGUGUCACCCAGGGAUCAAACUGACUGAAUAUCAAUGAUAGAUCUUAGUACCAGAGUAACUCAUGGGGGAAGCACAUUCUCCAAAUGGCCAAAUGAUGUCCCUGAAUAACAAAUGAGAAUUCCUCAGUUCCUUGGAUGUCACAGCAUCAGGUACACUUACGCAACCGGUAGAAGUGUUUCUACCUGUGCAGAAACUUCUUGGUUUGAUAACAUCAGAUUUUUCCAAUUGGUUUUUAUUGUCCAUGUUCUUAUGGUCUUAGCCCAAAAACUGUGUUGACUCUGCCCAUUUCUUAGAGCAUUUGCUCCAUGUUUUCCUCUUCACAUCUUACAUUUAGAUCAUGAUCCAUUUUGAGUUGAUUUUUGUAAAUUAAAAUCCAAUUUUCCCAGUCCCAUUAAAAUAGAUGUGCAUAUCUCCAGGGAAUGUUUUCCACACCUUUGUCAAAAGUAAGUGUAGGGAUGUAGGUGUGUGAAUUUCUAGGGGUUCUCUUUUUUCCAUUGUCCUAUGUGUCUAUUGUUAUGUUGGUAGCAUACUGUUUUUUUCUCAAUAGCUUUGUGGCAUAUAUUUAAUUUUGAACUGUGGUGCCUCCAUCUUUGGCUUUAUUGUGUUAAGACUAUUUUGAGUAUUCAGAGCCUUUUGUGUUUUCAUAAAAAUUUUAAGAUUUUUUUCUUAUUCUGUGAGGAUGUCAUCAGUAUUUUGAUGGGGACGACAUUGAAUCUCUAAAUUGUUUUGGGUAGUUUUGAUAUUUUAAUAAUAUUAAUUCUUCCAAAUCAAGAAUAUAUGAGGGAAUUCCAUUAUUUUGUGUCUGCUUCAUUUUCUUUCAUUAGAUUCAAUGUGUUUGAAUUUCAUUGAAGAGGACUUUCACAUCCUGGUUGAACUUAUCACAAGGUAUUUAAUUUUUUGUAUCUGUAUAGAAUUGGAUAGCACUUACCAAUUCUCAUCAAGAUGGUUGAGUAUAUAAUAAGGCCAGUGAUUUUGGAAUUCCACACUGUGUACCUAAUAGAGAAUUACUAAUCCAAAACACAUAAGGAAUGGAAACACUUCCCCUGUCAGGUGGAGUCCUCACAGCAGGAAUGUGGGAUUUCUCUGGGUCAUGAAGGGGGAUGUGAAUGAGGGGUUGGAGGCAUUUGUUACAUGUGCAUGCUGUGUGUGAUUCCUUCCAUCUGUGCUACUCUGACAUUAAACACACUGCUUAUCUGCCCCCAUGUGCAGGGGACAUAGGGUGAUAAUGACAGUGACUCUAAUUCAGCAAGGGCAAAAAUGGAGCCUACAAGGAAGUCAUGAAUCCAAAAGUUUUCAAGUUGAGAUGGGCAAAUCCAACAAGACUUCCUGGGAUAGGUUUCAAGGCCGAGGACUAAUCCUCUGCGACGUGGGGCCUUUCCUCUGGGUCUCAGCCUGCGAUACUUCCAUCUUCAUUUGAGCCAGUAAUCGUCCUUUCUUCUCACACUCCUCUGAUGUUUGUCCUCUUCCUGGUGUCAGCAGCCUUCUCUUGGUUGUUUUGCACAUACACCUUACCUGAGUCAGUCUGCCAAUGCCCCGUGCUUGGCUCUGACCACUUUACGAGGGUCUGUUCUCACAAUCUCAGGCACCUCUGGAAAAUCUUUAUUGGCCUGAUUUCCAUUGGUCAUUGUGGAGUUUACUUUUUUAUCUUUGAAACUAGCAGCAUUGCCUCGCUGAAAAGCUGGGUCCACAGAGGUCCAGAAUGAAUCUCUACUCUCCCUGGCUCCAGGAGACAAAAAGAAGAACAUGGAUCUCCAUACAGAAAUGACCUCCAUGAGGUCUGACACUCUGCAGCAUUGCAGCAGAGGAGAAAACCUGAGGGAGAAUUCCAGAGCGGCAGAAAUAGCAGUUCUUUAUCUGAAGUCCACAAAACCCAACAAUGCAUUCUUGGAAUACAAGAGCCAUGUUCGGCACAGGGAAGCUGCAGAUCAAAGCUCAUGGGUGGCCCUCCUUCCAUCAGGUGCUGUGGUGCUGAGACAACCUCUUUGUCUCUGUGGCCCUCUGGUUCCUCAUCAGUGAGGUAAAGUGUGUAUUGUUCCUCUCUGAGGUCCUGCUGCUUAGGUUCCUCUGAGUCCCUGGGGAACCACACGUGCCCUGGGAACUGAGGCUGAGAGCUGACUUAGUCCCUCCUCUGUGUUUCCUCCCAGAUCCGGAGCUGAGUCCACAUCCUGAGAACCCAGAACUGAAGGUGCAGAUGAAGGAAGAUGAGCAGCUCUCUGGGACGUGAGAAUGACCCAGAGAAUGACAAGUCCCUGUUGUCCUGCCGUGACACACCAUCAGCAUGGCGGGAUCCCACAGCCCUGCAUCAGAUCCUGUGGCAGAACUGAACGACCUCGAAUGCCAGCAAUUGCGAUCCCAGCUGGCAAAGAGCCAACAGGACUGCUGGGAGCUCCAGGAGAAGUUUCUCAUAGCUGAGGCUACAAACUUUGCCCUGGCCAUGGAGCUGAAAAAAUACAAUUGUGAGAAGUUUAAAAACAUCAUUGAGUCCAUACUGACCAAAAAGCUCCACUUGGAGGAGCCGCUGGCAGAGAAGCCCACGGUCCCAGAGCUACUCAGGCAUUGCCGUGGCAUCCUUGAAGAUCAGGACCAAGAACUCUCCCAGUUACGUCCAAAGGUCCAAAGGGGGAGAAAUCUAGCCCACAUCCUGCAGCAGUACCUGAAGGACGUGCUCACAGUGCAUGACCCUGGGACCUGUACGGGGCAGGGCUUCCGACGACUGCUCACUGAGGCUGUUCGGCUGUCAGCGUGCCUUGAGGACCUGCUUGGAGCAGAAAAUAUUGAAGAGGAGGAAACACCAGCACAAGGACCUGUUGCUGACAGGGAGUUCUUGGAAGUGGAUGAAAUGGAAACCCCACAAAGUUCACAGCAGGAAACAUCUAUCACUGGUGCUGUUGACCACCUGCCCAGUGACUCCUGCCUGCCUGAGGGCACUGUGCAAAUGUCUCCUGAUGCUGAGGACACCCACGGUGUGCUAGGUGUAGACGGGGGACACGCUUCUUCGCACAAGAAAGAAGAACCUGUCACCAUUCUCCCAGAAAAUCAAUAUCACGAAGUGGAGGUACAAGAGCAAGUUGUCACAUACACUUCCAGCAGGGAGCUCCCAGAGGAGCAAGAGCAGGAAGACCCAGAUGACUCACUGGACGAGUGCUACCUCACUCCCUCGAUUUCUCCAGUCGUUUCUGAGCUUGACCAUUCCAUGUGGAGCAGCUGGUGCUCCCUGGAGCAGCAGGACAUGAAAAAGGAACAUGACAAUGAUGAAGUGCAAGAGGAAGCACAAGCCCUAUCAUACUCCAGUCUCAUCAGGGAGAUUCCAGAAAUUGAAGAUCAAGAUGUCUCACAAGACUCUCAUGAAAAUCAAUAUCAUGGAGUGGAGGUACAAGAGCAAGUUGUGAGAUACACAUCCAGUCUCAUCAGGGAGAUUCCAGAGAUUGAAGAUCAAGAUGUCUCACAAGACUCUCAUGAACUGAAUUUUGUUGCUGCCCCUGAGAGGAAGACCUGUUCCCAGCUGGAGGGAGGUCCUCACGAAGAUCCCAUCACCAGCAAGUGUGAGAGUCAUAGCAUCAGCCCCAGCGAUGUCCCAAGUACCCCAAAAGAAAAUGUUAUCAAAGGAAAAUGGAAGCCCAGGAAAUGCAAACUGGCCUGCCAGUUCCCUGGCCUGGAGAUGAAGGGAAAACCACAGUCCACAGAGAGGAAGAUUGCGUGCCAAUUCCCUGGUCAGGAGAUGAAGGGAAAACCACAGACCAACAUGUGGGCACUGACCUUCAGAUUCCUGGGCCUUCACGCCUAGACAGAGAUCCCAAGUACAGUUGGAAGGACAGAACAGUAUUGCUGAUUGUAACAUCCCCACCUCUUCCAAA